AUGCGGGUCUCUCACCCACCCCUCACCCAUGCGGGUCUCUCACCCACCCCUCACCCAUGCGUCACCUCCUCAUCACCUGCUCGCAGGUGGCUCAUGGGUGCAUGCAUGGCAUUGCUGGUGCUGGACUUGACCAGCCACUGGUACCAGAUGUACAGCUCCUUCCUAGUGCGCAAGGCAAGUCACAAAGACGUGGCAGCAACAGACUUUUGGCUCAUGCGCUGGUACUACAGCAGCCGCCCCUUCAUGGCCUACUGCUGCAUCGGCGCUGAGGCCUCUCGCCUCUCGCUGUAUGUGCAGCUGCUGUACCUCGUGCUCUAUCUCGACUCAGACCCACUCAACCAACAAGUGCAGGUAUGCCGCAUGGCAUUCCGUCACGUCACUCUCUCAUGCUGUACCCUCAUUGCAUUCCCUCAUCGCAUAUCCUCGGUUCCACCUAUCAGCACAUCCUUUGCCCUAUGCCUGCCCCUCGUGUUUCGAGUCAACUCAGAACGUACCCUCAUUGCAUUCCCUCAUCGCAUAUCCUCGGUCUCCCUGCCUUACCUCGGCCCCACGGGGGUCAUCCGAGCCCUGGGCCUGCUGUGUCUCCCUGGAUGGGCGCUCAAGCAGAUCACCAAUGUUGUUCAGCUAAAAACGGCGGCUGAUGCAUGUGUGGAGUAUGACUUGGAGAAGACACGGAAAGCCUCACGGCAACUUGGCGGGCGCGAGGAGCAAAUCGCUUGUGGUCUCGUCUUGACGGCUGUAUUCUUCUCCUUAGGCGUCGCAGCAGCAGCGCCAGGCGAGAGCAAGGGGCUGUAUCUCGUGCACAUGACGUCAGCGCCGCCGGUCGUCGCAUACCGCGGAGGGAUCGCGGGACUCACGGCGACGGCGGUGGCGGAGGAAGACGAGCCUUCCCCAGGCCGGACUCACCGGGGGAGCGCGGGGGUCAUGGCGGGCCAGGCGCGCGCGGGGAGGGGUCCGCGGCAGCUGCGCCCGCGCGCGGACGACCCGCAUGUGCGCGCGUACGCGCAGCACCUGACGUCGCUGCACGAAAGGACUCUCACUUCCGUCGGUCUUGCGUCAACCAGUAUGGUGUACAGCUACAAUUUUGCCGCCAAUUCCUUCUGCGCGGAACUCACCCCCACGGAGGCGCAGCAGCUGCGCGCGCGCCCGGACGUGGGGCGCGUGGCGCGCGGGCGCAAGGUGCGCGCGCUCACGACGUACUCCCCGCGCUUCCUCAAGCUGGGCGCACCGAAGGGCGCGUGGGAGGCGAAUGGGGGGAAGAUGAAUGCGGGGGAGGGCGUGGUGGUGGGGAUUCUCGACACGGGGAUUUGGCCCGAACACCCGUCCUUCGCGAAUCAGGGCUACGGUCCCCCACCCAAGCACUGGAAGGGCGCGUGUACCGGGCUGAAGAAGUGCAACGGCAAGAUCGUGGGCGCGCGCUACUUCCUGUCCGCGUACGAGCGCGAGUACGGCAAGAUAGCUCGGGGGGAGUACCGCUCUGCGCGCGAUGCUGGCGGCCAUGGCACGUGGUGUGCGGGGGCGGCGGUGGGCAACAGCGGGGUGGUGCUCACAGAGCGCGACGGCACGCCCAUCGGGACAGCCAGUGGCAUGGCGCCACGUGGCAGGCUGGCAGUAUACAAGGCGCUCUGGUACAACGGGUCAGAGGGGUACGGCCACGACUGCGACAUCUUUGCAGCCGUUGAUCAGGCCGUCGCGGAUGGUGUGGAUGUGCUCUCCAUGAGCAUUGGAUCGGGGGAAGACACCUACUUUGGGGACCUGCCUCUCCUGCGUGCUGCAGAGGCUGGCGUGUUCGUGACCCUAGCGGCGGGUAAUGCGGGGCCGCCAGGUAUGGGCGGCGCAUAUCGCACCAUCAGCAACACGUCGCCAUUCUAUCUCACAGUCGCCGCCAGCACCACGGAUCACGAUGCCGCCAUGCUCUACGAAUUGCGCGCCGCUGGCUCUUCCGGGGAUAACUCGUCGUACGCGCCACAGGGUGACUCAGCUGCCGCCAAACGCGGACUCCUCUCCCAUGCGACUCGGCCACGGACCCUUCAAGCCGUUUAUGAGGCGCCGGUGAUCGCGCCGUUUUCCUCGGCGGGACCGCCGCUAAACCCCUCGCGUCCGCCGCCCGCCAUGCUGCAAGUAACUAACGACAUCCUUAAACCGGAUGUUACUGGGCCGGGAAUGGAUCUAGUAGCUGCUGCUGCUGGCGGGACAACUAAAGACGCAUGGUACACCAUGAAAAGCGGCACGUCGAUGUCUACUCCCCAACUAGCGGGGAUCGCGGCGCUCCUCAUUCAAAAAUACCCCAACUGGCGACCCGCGGCAAUUAAAUCGGCGAUAAUGACAACUGCGUAUAAAAUGAACAAUCGCGGAGGAAUUAUGCGAACGUUUAUGGGGACGCGUGCGACGCCAUGGAAUUUUGGAUCGGGGCACGUGAAUACCUCGGCGAUGCUCGACCCUGGGCUCGUUUACGACGUUGGGCGAAACGGUUACUUCAACUUCCUCGCCGGCGUAAACAAGGCUGCUGCAAACAAGGCAUUUCCGGCGAAGCGGCUGUCGCCGAUCAAGCCGUGGAGUCUGAACCAACCGAACAUCUGCGUUUCGCGACUGAAGAACGUGGUUACCGUGACGCGCACAGUCACGAGUGUCACGGCGAAGGCGCAAACCUACCAAGCGCAGGUUCGCAUGCCUGCGAAUGUGGACGUUCAGGUUACACCGAAGCAGUUCACGAUAUUGCCGAAGCAAACGGUUACAUUCCAGGUAAAACUAACUCCGAAGAAGAAUACAAAUCAGUUUUCAUUUGGGGAACUGGUGUG